UCUUUCCCAACCCAUGGCCCUCCAGAAUUCCCAGCCACCUAAGUCAACGGCUGUGAAUGUUAUGAGGUAUAGUCCAACUAAUCUGGAAGGCUAUGGAAGACUAGAACUGAUUUAUUUGGAAAUAGUUUAUAUUUUCAUUAGCCUCUAUUUCAGCCUCAUUCAAACUCACACAUCCUCCUCCCUUUUACACCGGGAAUUCAACAAUAUACUUGGGAAUCCGUAUUUCUACUUGGCUGAGACUAGCCGGAUGCAUAAGAACGGGAGCUUUGAGCAGUUAGCGAUGAACUCCGAGAGAAAGGAACACUUCUUGACACGUGAUAACUUCAUCUUAUGAGAAGGUACCGGUAAAGGGAGGCAACGGAUCCAGCUGCUAGGUCAAGUCUUACAGACGCUACUUCCCUGGCAGAAACGAUCCCGCGAAGUCCUGCAAAGCCACGGGGCGAGCGUAAAGCCCGAGACCUGGGUCGUAACCACUUCGGGGAGCCCUUAUGACGCAGGUCGUCGUGCGGAUGACCGUCAAACAAGGCGGAGGGCCAAGGGCACUGGCUGGGCCAUGCGCAAGGGUGCCUUUUACCACCAGGCGCUGAAAGAGCGUGACUGUCCAGCUAGGAUACCAGCUUGCCUACCCGCCCCCUUCUCUCGCUUCCCCCUGCUGCCCGGGAUCGGCAGCAGCUACCCCUGUGACCCCGAGGCCAAGCCGUCGAGCGUCAUGGCGACGCCGUUCGGGGCCAUCCGGGUGGGAACCUAUUUGGACAUCAAGAGGAGCGACGGGCGGAUCCACCCGGCGCUGGUGACGGCGCUGCACUACGACGCCAACAGCGUGACCGUGGAAUGGAUCGAAAGGGGCACCAACAAGGGCAAAAAAGUGGAGCUGGGCCAGGCCUUCAGCCUCAACCCUCACUUGGCCCCGGCCGAGUUCAGACCGGGAACGCUCACGACGCAAACCCCGUCGGAGCAGGGCGACCACCCCACACCGCCUCCCAACUACGUGGUGACCCCCAGAAACAGAGAGAAGCCCGGCGGGGAUGGUGUGGAAUGCGAGCUCCGAAGAGCCUCUUCGACGGCCGCCCGCAAAUCGCCCUGCGUGCUGGAGGUGGAGCGGCUGCGCACCGAGCGCGAGAAGCGCCACUUGGCGCUUCUAGAGAGGCGAGCCCGGCGGGAGGCGCACGACGCCCACCCGCACGCGGAUCUGAUCGCCAUGAUUCAGCAGUGCCGCGAAGCCCUGUUGCGCGGAGGGGGCGGCGCCUUGCUGGCCCAGAGCUGCCUGCCGCAGAGCGGCCGCAACGACGGGGCCGCUUCCCGCAAGAUCUGCGUCUGCGUCCGCAAGCGGCCGCUCAACCAGCGGGAGGCGGAGAUCAAGGAGGUGGAUGUGGUGACCAUCCCGUGCUCGGGUGUGGUGAUGGUGCACGAGGCCAGGCAAAAGCUGGACCUUACUCGCUACUUGGAGCACCAGACCUUCCGCUUCGACCACGCUUUUGACGACGGCGCCACCAACGAAAGCGUCUACCAGCACACAGCCCAGCCGCUGGUGGAGACCAUCUUCCGCGGCGGCAUGGCCACGUGCUUUGCUUACGGGCAGACGGGCAGCGGCAAGACCCACACGAUGGGAGGGGACUUGUCUGGUAAGAAGCAGGACUCCACCAAAGGCAUCUACGCCAUGGCCGCCCGGGACGUCUUCUUUCUGCUGCAGAAGCCCACUUACAAGAUGCUGGAGCUCCAGGUCUUUGGCGCCUUUUUUGAAAUCUACUGGGGAAAAGUCUACGAUUUGCUGAACUGGAAGAACCGGCUCCGGGUCUUGGAGGAUAGCAAUCAGCAAGUCCAGGUGGUGGGGCUGCUGGAGCAGGAGGUCAUCUGUGUUGAGGACGUCUUGAAGCUCAUUGAGAUUGGGAACCGAUGCAGGACUUCCGGCCAGACCUCAGCCAACUCCCAUUCCUCCAGGAGUCAUGCGGUUUUCCAAAUUAUCCUCAAACGCAAAGGGAGAUUGUAUGGCAAAUUUUCCUUGAUUGACCUAGCUGGCAAUGAGCGGGGAGCAGAUACCUCCAGGGCCGACAGACUAACCAGGUUGGAGGGAGCUGAGAUUAAUAAGAGCCUCUUGGCGCUGAAAGAAUGCAUCCGAGCCUUGGGGCGCAAUAAAGGUCACACACCUUUCCGAGCUAGCAAGCUGACCCAAGUGCUAAGAGACUCAUUCAUUGGAGAAAACUCUUGCACCUGCAUGAUUGCCACCAUCUCCCCAGGCAUGAAGUCAUGUGAGCACACACUCAAUACCCUCAGAUAUGCCAAUCGGGUAAAAGGUCUGGUGGUUGAUCCCAGUGCCUUCAAACAGUGCCAUCGUAUCCUGUCCAAAUCUGUCUCUCAGCUGGAGGAUUCAAUCCAGCCUUGGAGCAAUCAUAGCUUGCCUGAGACCGAUCAGUUCAAAAUCAUCUGUGUACAGAAAGAAGAUCGAGUCCCUUUGCCAGCUCUUAGCAUCAUCACCAGAGGGAAAGGGCAGAAGAAGAGGAAAGAGAUUGAGAAAGCUCAGACAGAAGAUCAUCAGGAAUCACUGAGAUGGCUGAAAGCUUUUCUGAAGAUGGCUGAAGAUGUUGAAUAUGACAUGGAGUUUUACGCCACCCAGUUCGAAACCAUGCUGACAGAAAAGAUUGCUCUCCUUUCCGAGAUUCAAGAUAAAGUGAAAUCUUUUCGGGCUAACCUCUAUAAGGAAGACGUAGAGAACAAUGACAUCAUUGUGAAGAGAUCCCGCAUUCUGUGAGCUCUGAUAGAGUCUCUUUCUACUCUCCUAAUGUUGACUAGCGCUGGUCUUUCCGCACUAUACAUUGCAUCUAACCAUCUGGCAUUGUAAUGGCUGUUUUUUUAAAAAAAAAAUUAAAAUUCUGUAUCUCUGGGGAUUUCCUGCUUAAGGAAAGAGGAAUUGCCUGUUUUCCUCAAUUCUGAAAUAAUGUAGAAAGCCUUCUAAGACCAAUAUAAGUUAUUUAUUUUAACUUUAUAAAAAUAACAUUCUUUAAGAUUGAGAGCGCAAUCCUUGGGCAUUGGCAGUUUGAAUUGGCUGUAUUUAUUAGAAAAUGAAUUAGUGUAAAGAGCACUGUUUGGGGGAAUAAUACUUUAAAGGAAUGAAGGCUACUGUACAGAUAUAGUAGGAGGCUGAAUUUAAUGUCAUUUGUUGCCAUUCUAUCUGCCAAACCCAGAGAACUUGUAAAAGAACAUUUUAAAAAACCUGUAGAUGGGAAAUAGUGUAUUUUUGGUCUGGUUGUUCAAAAGGGAGGGACUUAAGAUAAUUCAAAAUAUAGGAAAGACCCGGUAGCCGAACAGUUGCAUAGCCAUAUAAUCUCUGAAUUAUAUAAGAGGAAUCAGUUUUAUCAUUUAAGAUUCAGCAAACUCAACACAGGAGGUUGUAGUGCAGUGGACAGAGAACAUGUUUUCCGUCAAAAAUCCAGUCAUCUGGGUACCUGAUGUGUAAAACAUAAGGAAAGCUAUGGAAGAUGAGGCCAGAGAUCUGCUCCCAUGGUGGCCCAAGAGAGGCUUUGGGGAGGUUCUAAUUAGAACCUGUCCACAACUGCAGCCUCCUUGAAUCUCUUUAAUUUCUGGAAUCAUCUUAAUUGAAAGACAUCUCCACAUAUAAUCAUUUUAGGUGCUUCCUUUUACCAAAGCUGUCCACUCACCAGUUUUGGAUAAAAUGGAUUGUGAUUUUGUGAAAGAGUAUAAGAUAAAUAACUCUCUAUCCCAGAGCUUGACAGCACUGUUUCCUCCAAAUAUCUUAGGACUGUGACACCAAUAUCAUUUCCAUUUAAGUUUAGCUUAAAUCAAUAAAUUCAAGACAAAAUCCAUUGUGGUAAAAGUAACAUAAUGGCCAGAUGUUAUUGAUCUACUCCCUACAGCAUAUGUCACUAUUGGCUAUGCUGGCUGGAAUUGUGAGAUAUACUAAGCAUCUGGAAGGCCUCAGUGAUAUUGAAAGACAGGCUGCCUGUUCUUCAGAUGGAUUUACCAAAGACCCCAUCCUGGGUCUUGGAGCAUUAAGCAGCAUUCAGUUGAAGACAUAGGAAACAGCUUCCUUCUUAUAUUGUAGGUUCCUCUGUGGCUUACCAAGAAUUUAGCUCCUGACCUUUAUAGACUCAGGCAAAUAGGAUAUUUUCUCAAUCUUCUCAAUUAUCGUAUAAUUGCAUCAGCUGUAGUGAGUAUGCUAGAAACUGCCUAGAGUUGUAGG